AUGGGUAGACGACCAGCCAGGUGUUACAGAUACUGUAAGAACAAGCCUUACCCCAAAUCUCGAUACAAUCGAGGUGUCCCCGAUCCCAAGAUUAGGAUCUACGAUUUGGGUAGAAAGAAGGCUUCCGUCGAUGAUUUCCCCUUCUGUUGCCAUUUGGUAUCCGACGAAUACGAACAACUUUCAUCAGAAGCUUUGGAAGCUGCUCGAAUCUGUGCCAACAAGUACAUCGUCAAGACUGCCGGUAAAGAAGCUUUCCACAUGAGAGUCAGAGUCCACCCUUUCCAUGUUAUUAGAAUUAACAAGAUGUUGUCAUGUGCUGGUGCGGAUAGAUUGCAACAAGGUAUGAGAGGUGCUUGGGGUAAACCAUACGGUUCCGUCGCCCGAGUUAACAUCGGACAAGUCAUCAUGUCCAUCCGAUGCAGAGACUCUAACAAGGCCGUCAUCAUCGAAGCUCUCCGAAGAGCCCGAUACAAGUUCCCUGGUAGACAAAAGAUCAUCGUCUCCAAGAAAUGGGGUUUCACUCCUCUCGACAGAGCCGACUACGAAGCCCUCAAGGCCCAAAAGCAAGUCGUCAACGAUGGUGCUUACGUCCAAUUCCUCAAACCCAAGGGUCCUCUUCUCCAAAACCUCCGAACUGCUCAACGAGCUUAA